UCUUGUGAACUUAGAUUGAUGGAAGCACAAAAUACUCAGCAUGCCCCCCCUGUUGAAACAAGCGUGGAUAUUCUUGAUGGAGAGGAUAGUGGAGUGAGUAAGGUAUGCGGGGAAGCACCUUGUGUAUUUUCAGAUACUGGAAAUAACCUCAAGAAUGCCAAAGAACGUUCAGCUUCAAUGCGUAAGCUCUGGAUAGCCGUGGCACUUUGUGUCGUGUUCAUGUGUGCUGAGGUGGCUGGUGGCAUCAAAGCCAAUAGUCUGGCAAUCUUGACUGAUGCUGCACAUUUGCUUUCAGAUGUUGCAGCCUUUGCUAUCUCCUUGUUUUCAUUUUGGGCAGCUGGCUGGGAAGCCACAUCCCGUCAAUCUUAUGGAUUUGUUAGGAUUGAGGUUCUCGGUGCACUGGUUUCCAUACAGCUCAUCUGGUUGCUUGCAGGGAUCUUGGUUUAUGAAGCCAUUGUUAGGCUCAUCCAUGAUACAAGGGAGGUAGAUGGGUUUCUUAUGUUUCUUGUUGCUGCAUUCGGUCUUCUAGUGAAUAUCGUCAUGGCACUUGUGUUAGGACAUGAUCACGGGCAUGACCAUGAUCACAAUCAUGGGACUGGCCACAGCCAUGGAAUGACAGUUAAUACUCAUCAUCGUCAUGACGACGAGCACCCAAAACAUGCGGACAAUCAUCAUAAGCACUCGACAGAUGAGCACCGUCAUGCUCAUGAAGAACAUGUUGAGCCGCUGCUGGAUAAAAAGGAAGCCAGGCAUGAAAAGAAGCAAAGGAACAUAAAUGUACAAGGUGCUUAUAUCCAUGUACUUGGGGAUUCCAUCCAGAGUAUCGGGGUCAUGAUAGGAGGUGCAAUCAUAUGGUAUAAGCCUGAGUGGAAGAUAGUUGAUCUGAUCUGAACCCUAUUCUUUUCAGUUGUAGUCUUGGGGACAACAAUCAAAAUGUUUCGGAACAUACUUGAAGUCUUGAUGGAGAGCACUCCAAGAGAGAUAGAUGCAUCAAAGAUUGAAAAGGGAUUGUCUGAGAUGGAGAACGUGGUGGCUAUCCACGAACUGCAUAUAUGGGCCAUUACCGUGGGCAAGAUUCUUCUGGCUUGUCAUGUGAAAAUCAGGCCUGAAGCAAAUGCAGACAUGGUGCUAGACAAUUUGAUGAACUAUAUCAGAAGUGAGUAUGGCAUCAGUCAUGUAACCAUCCAGAUUGAACGUUAGCAGAGGCAAAGGAAUUAGCUAGUUGAAUCUGGGGCCUGAUGUUUCCGAAACUGAUGAUCUUUCAUCACAUGCGCGUAUAUACUGUUCAUGGGAUAUCUUUCACUAUGUCCUUUACAAUUGUUUUUUACGCACAGAUAGAAAUUGUCAUCUUUAAUUUUGUCGCGAGUGUUGUUCGGAUUCUGGUAUUGUGAAUUUACAAUUGUAGAGUUGAUAAAUAUAGUUUCUUCAAUCUUCU